CCAAUACUCCAUGAUGGGUUCUACCGCUCUGUUUCUGCCGGAAUUAUUUUUGUGGCGCACCCCGUGUGGCUGUCAAGUAGGAAGCUGGCACAACUUCUUUGAGGCUUUUUUUCAGAUAGUAGACAAUCAUGACUUCUUUGUCGGUUUUCUAGAACCUGGAGAAUAGACAGAAUAAUGACACAAAACCAUGUGGCGGGGAUGGAGACGUCCGCCAUCUCCGUCCUGAAGCGGGCAGUGGAGCUGGACCACGGCGGCCGGGUCCAGGAGUCUCUGGUCUGCUACCAGGAGGGCAUCCAGCUGCUUAUGGACGUGAUGAAAGCCACUGUGAAAGAUGAGUCCAAAAGAGGCCACUACAGGGAGAAGAUAAAGGGCUACAUGGACAGAGCAGAGCAAAUUAAAGUCCACGUGAACCAGAUGAAAGAAGAUGGGAAAUAUCAUGAGCAGAUUCGAAUAGAGGAUGAUGCCACUGGUUACAGCUACCCGGUUCUGUUCAAGCCGUACAUGAGCAGUUUGCUCACAGAAGUCUGGGUACAAGACCCUUACAUACGGCACACGCACCAGUUGUACAACUUCCUGCGGUUCUGUGAGAUGCUGCUGACACCGUCCUGCAAGGUGAAAAAGAUCCAUCUCCUUACUUCCCAGGAUGAAGCAAACAGCAGUCAGCAGAGCAGCGCUCUGGCCGAGCUGAAAGAAAGUCUGACUGCUCAGGGAGUGAAUCUGGAUCUGCAGUACUCCUCCACAAUACAUGACAGGGAGAUCAGGUUUGACAAUGGUUGGAUCAUAAAGAUAGGAAGAGGGCUGGAUUACUUCAAGAGACCUAAGGGUCGGUUCUCUGUUGGAUAUUGUGACUAUGACCUCAGGCAGUGCCAUGAAACCAGCAUAGACAUUUUUCACACCAAACACACUAAAACACUAUGAGAUUCAUAAUGCUUGAAUUCAUUUUUCACCGCACAGACACAUCUUUUUGCUAUUUGCCUUUACAUACACACACAUGUAAUCAACUUCAACUGAGUAAUUCUUAUCAGGUUUUAAAAAAUGCUUUUGGUCACAUUGAUAACACACUGGUCUUUUUUUGUCCUUUCUUAUGCAUUUUUUCAUUUUAAUUUUACAAUGAUAACUUUUCGUAUGCUUUUAGGAAAAUAAAUUAGGUGCUUUUAUAUUACCAUAAAAUGUCUUUGUUUUAU